UUGGGCACUAUGCCUCCUUCCUCAUUCGGGACUUUGGGAAUACUUUUUGUGAGUCCUGAUCAUUUGGCGAUCGGGGUAACACUUUGAGAGGGAUCUCAUUGCAACAAAAGUCACUUACGAGGAAGGACCUAAUAACGCCUUUAUCCGCUGUAUAACUAAAAUACUGAAUCCUCUGUCUCCUUGUACCUCAUUCACUUACUGAGAUUUUCACUGGGACAUAUCAACCGAGGACCCCGUCUUUUUAACCAAGGACCCUGUAUUUUUUCUUUUCUUUCUUCGGGAAAAGAGUGGUUUGCCCCCCUUCCUUCAGACAUAUGGUGUGGCAAAUCUCCAAUCUGGAUUUUUACAGCUUCCGUAGAGUUAAUGCUUCGCAUGCUUAAUAUUCACUUGGAACACUUCUACUUCACAGGUUUUGAACACGACCUGAUAUUCGUCAGAAGUAUUCGUUAACAAUACAUUUGGAAUAAACUUUCAUUUAGUAGAAUUGAUAUUAUUAAGUCAGAAUUGUCAUCUGAAUAUCUCUUCGAAACUAUCCAGUCUUCUUGAAAAUUCGCCGUUCUUUUUGGAAUAGUCACAGCUUAAACAUCUCAAAGACAAAUGUAAUUAGCUGAAUGUUGAUAUCGAGCAUCUGAUUUGUUUAACCUUUCUAAUUUUAUUUUAUCCUGGAGACCGCUUCGUACGAUUGAAAGCCAUCUUUUGGGGCUUCUGGUUUUUUUUUCAACCCUGAGCUCAUGUUGAAACUUUUGGUUAAAAGUUUGCAGCCAGAUCAUGUUCACGACGACGACAAGCUGAGGCAACUGCUUUAAAGUAUCACAAGUAAUUUCUGGUCACAUACACUGGAAUUGUGCAAGAGUUUGUGACUCACUUUUAUCAACGUGCCAGUCUUUUCUGUUUUCACUUCUUUUCUCUUUCCCUCUCCAGCGGCAUAUUACAUUCAGCACAGGUUCAAGACAAACUCUCGGAGAUCCUACAUAAGUUUAUCAACCAUCGUCGGACGAUCACCGAGUAGCACUGGAUUACCACAAAGUACACGUGCGAUCGCAAAGUUAGCCUCAGAAAUCUCCUCCCAAUUGCUCUUUCGCAUAUUGAUUCAUUUAGAGGAUCUGUUUUGUGAGGUCCUAGAUACUUGGAAAUUUGUCUCCGAGAAAAGGCCUUUGAAAUCUCUUUGAAGUUCCUGUAUUUGAAAGUUUGAAGCUGAUAUCUGUUAGUAGAUGGAAGGUUGUUAGACUGGCUACCUGUAACCCUGCGAUUCUGAUAGGGCUACAUGGAACAUGGCGCAGCAUGAGGAUGACUACUUUGUCCAUAUUGUUACAGUUCCUGCUCUGGUGUCUCAGUAUACACGUAACCAAAGCGAGGUCAGGAGUCAUGCCUUUAAACAACUUCGACCCCACCACGGACACCUCCAACUUCAAUUCUGGAAGCACAACACGACUUCAAACACUAUACAACAGAGCAAGCUCCCGUUAUGUGAGAGUACAAGGUCGAAGGGUAGAUGCCAAAGGUUCGCAAGACGACCCUCAUGCACAAUUAUUAAUAACAACGACAGACUUAAACAGCAGGGUAUUGAUACAAGGAAAUAAAUCAAAAAAUUAUUUAUGCGUAAACGGCAAGGGAGAAUUAAUAUCAAAGAAUUUACUUAGAAGACUAAAAGAUGGAGGGACAAGUUGUUUAUUCCAGCACUCGGUCUCGAUGUUUUCUAGAUACGAUGGAUUCGCAUCGGUUCAAAACCCCUCGUGGGUAUUAGCCUUCAAAGGCAACGGUGACUCGAAAAAGGCUUCCAAGGCCAGACUGGACACUAGGUCGUCACAAUUUUUGUUUAUGCCGGCCGACGAUGAUAUUAAUCGUAACGAGGAAGCCUUCAAGCUCUUACUCGACGACGUUUUAAACGAAAUACAGAAAGCAAUCCGAGAUAGUACGAACGAAGGAGGAAGGAGAAGAAGUUUAGAUCAGGGUCGUAGGUGAUGAUUGCUUCUAGAAAGACUUCAUGUGUUUAUGGAAACCAUUUGGAGAUCAGUGGACUCCGAGACAGAGCAGAGGAAUAUCAGCAGACUCUGUGUAGUCCCAUCUAUUGCUGACUAUUAACAGUAUUUUUAUAUGAAGAUUUGUAAUUUAUAUUAUUUCUUAUUUAAUAUUGUACCAAAACGACUUCAAAGAAGUGUUUUCUAUGAAUAUUUAUUUAUUAUGCUUGAGUUGCACCAAUGCCACGAUUCGCUACAACUGAUGGAACGUUUACUCUGAUUGAUGGAGCAACGUCGAUAUAUCAGACGUGUAUACAGGCGCUCAAAUUGACAUCGUCUGUCUUCUCGGAGGUCCCGUGUCAACUUGAACUUGCAAUGGGCGGUUUCGACGGCUGUACUUCGCGUCUAGGUCAGAGGGAGUCAAGCAUCUAGUGAAUUGCACAUUGUGUAGGUCACAUGUAUCGCUUCUGCAUUUAAUUGAGAUUCGAGUAUUUGUAUAUAUUGUUACAUGAAAUCUUCCGUGCAAAUUAAAUGACAUUAUUCCGCAGAAGCGAGCAAAUAGUGACUGACGGCAGCUGGUUUGAAAACAGUCAUGUGAUUGAGCACCCAUUUUCAUCAACCAAUGACAUAAAGUAUGGGCAAUCACGUGAUUACAUUCACUAAUCUCCUCAAUUAGCUGCUUUUCCUGCCACAUCAUUUAUAUUUUGUCAAGACAUUGUAUGUGUGUUUAUGGUAUAUCUAAAUGAAAGUAUCAGUAUAAAGAUUUAUUUGGUUUACGGUUUACCUCACCUUUGUUGAAAUAUGGGUACAACUUUUAUAACGUGUUUGUAUCCGGUGAAAUCGUGCGUACAUAAUUAUCCACUUCACAUAUCCAUGUAAUGGUGAUACUUCGGCUUAUCCCCAAGUGUUGCGUUGCCUUGCGACGCGGUGCGAUACGAUGCAUUGACGCAAACCUUCGAGUAAAGCCCCCACUUGUCUCGAAAAGUUGCGUUG